AUGGCUCCAGUACCCAGCUGCCGCCUCCAACUUAACGGGCCGGCUCCCCCGCGCGCCUCCGCGGCCGCCUCCCCAUACUGCGGGUCCCCCCCGCAGCCGGUCGUCACAGCGCGCUUCGGCGACGCCUCGCUCUUCCGAGGGCCAGCUCCCGCGCUCGCCGGCCUCGCUUGCCUCGAGGCCGCCUCGCCGCUGGCCGGCCUCGCUGCCCCAUGGGCCGGUUCCGCCUGUCCCCGCGGGCUGGCCCCUCCAGGCCUCCUCCUGCCGCCCCGCGCCUCCGGCUUCUCCCCGCACGCGCCCCGCGGCCGGCCGGCUCGCCUCCCCGGACGGCCGGCUCCGCCCGCCACCCGGCCGGCCUGCUGCCUGCCGUCUUCGUCCGCAACCCGGACGGCCAGCUCCGCCCGCAAUCCGGACGGCCGGCUCCGCCCGCAACCCGGACGGCCGGCUCCGCCGCCUGCCGUCUCCACCCGCAGCGCUUGGUCUAGCUCCUCCCGCCCCGACCUCGCUCCCCGGUGCGCCAACCCACGGCCGGGUCCUCCUCGCCGGCUCCCUCCCGCGUCGCCCCGGCUCUGUCCACGCGGCCGGCUUCGCCAGCGCCUGGCCGCCGAGUCCCCGCGCCCCUCUGCUUCACCUGGCCGCAUCCCGGCCCCGCACGGCCGGCUCGCCGCCCCACCUCCGGCCACGCCCCCGCGCGCCCCAGCCGGCUCCCGCUGA